CAUGCACGCCGCGGACACCCUGUGGCUGGUGUUCAUCUUGAUCGGGUUCCGCAGCGCAAUCUAUGAUAAAAAGGGGUCCGUGGUCGUGGACGCCUGGCAGAUCGCGGCGCACUACGCACGCACGUGGCUGUUCCUGGACUUGCUCUCCGCGUGGCCAGCGUUCCUCGCGCCCGAAGGCACGGCAGCCUACAGCGCGUGCAUGCUGCUGAAGCUGUCUCGGACGCCGAGGCUGGCACCGCUGAUCUCCCUCUUCCAGAAGGAGUACCAGACCCACUAUCUGACACCUAUGAAGUGGGGACUCCUGAUUCUGCUGCUGUCGCACAGCAUGGCUUGUUUCUGGCGAUUGGUGCAGUGCGAUGUCGAGUCGCGCAUCGUCCAUGGAAUCAGCCAACACAGCCUGGACUUGUAUUGCGAGGGCAGCGACUGGUGGCACCUGUACGUGAGCGACAUGUACUGGAUGAUCAUGACCCUAAGCACCGUGGGCUACGGUGACAUUUAUCCGUACAACACCCUGGCAAGGAUGUUCGCCAUAUUCGUGAUGUUUUUGGGCCCCAUCUUCUUCGGGAGCGUGGUGGCGGGGCUCACGCACGUGAUGAACAAGCUCUUCGACGAGACGGUGGAGAGCGCCGUGGCCACGAUGUCGCAGUUCAUGCGGCGCCACCGCGUCCCGCUGGGCCUGCAGCGCCGGGUGGAGCGCAGCCUGCGGCAGGCGCUCCGCAGCGAGGUCACCAGCUCGCCGCUCGAUCCCGAGCUCUUCGCGCGCCUCUCGCCCGUGCUCCAGCGCACGUUCUCCUUCGCGAUCCUGAACGGCACGAUCGGGCGCUUCCCGCUCUUCCGGGGGGCGAUCCACUCCUUCGUGGCGGAGAUCGCCCAGGCGCACAUGCUCGUGCACUGCUCCGCCGACGACCUGGUGGGAGAGGCUGGGCAGCUCGUGGAGGAUAUGGUUUUUGUCGUCAACGGCAAGCUGGUUGCCUGCUUCAGCGCAACCUGGCCAGACAGGCUGGACGUCUCCAUCGAGGAGCUGGCCCAGGUCGGAGACGGGACGGGACGGCUCAUGACGCAGUUCAUCGGGGUUGCCGCAGCACCGACGACCACUAACGGCCUCACCGGCAAGAGGAGGAUCAUGAGUAGGGGCGCCUGGUUCGGUGAGUCCUGCCUGGUGAACCGACAGCACGUCCGCACCGCGAACUUCAUCGCGCAGGGAGUUUCUGAGCUAGCGGUGCUGAACAAGGAAGAGUAUGUCAGGGUGAUGAACCGGUACCCCGCGAUGCUGAAGAGGCACGCUCGUUUUGUGGACGGGAUUGGCCAGGGCACCAUCAGCCUCGCGGACAUAUCCUGGACUCCAGCAAGAGUGCAGCCUUCGUGGCGGCAGCAGCGCUCCACGUGGGCGCGCGCCACGCGGCAGCAGCGCUCCACCGUCUACUGAGUGGCGACUCCGCGGGGAGGGGUCGCCGCCAGCACGGCUGCCGCUGCCCCGUGCCCGCCGCGGGCGCAGGCCUGGGCGAGCCGGGGCCGCCGCUCGGCGCCCGUCUCCUCCUCCUCCUCUCUAU